UUCGCCGCUCCCGCCUCGGGCUCCGGCUAGGGCUCCGGGAUGUCCGCGUUGUGCGACCCUCCCGGGGCCCCGGGGCCUCCCGGUCCUGCCCCGGCCACCCACGGUCCCGCGCCGCUCAGCGCUCAAGAGCUGUCCCAGGAAAUCAAGGCUUUUCUGACUGGCGUGGACCCUAUUCUGGGCCACCAACUCUCGGCCCGGGAACAUGCUCGCUGUGGUCUUCUCCUGCUCCGCUCUUUGCCACCUGCUCGGGCUGCCGUGCUUGACCACUUGCGAGGUGUCUUUGAUGAGAGUGUCCGGGCCCACCUGGCUGCCCUGGAUGAAAGCCCUGUGGCUGGCCCCCCUCACCUCCGUCCACCCCCACCCUCCCAUGUCCCCGCUGGGGGACCUGGUCUAGAAGAUGUGGUGCAGGAAGUACAGCAGGUGCUGUCUGAGUUUAUCCGGGCCAACCCGAAGGCCUGGGCACCUGUGAUUAGCGCAUGGUCCAUUGACCUCAUGGGGCAGCUGAGCAGCACAUACUCAGGCCAGCACCAGCGUGUGCCCCAUGCCACUGGCUCUCUCAACGAAUUGCUGCAGCUGUGGAUGGGCUGUCGGGCCACCCGCACAUUAAUGGACAUCUAUGUUCAGUGUCUCUCAGCUCUCAUUGGUAGUUGCCCAGAUGCCUGCGUGGACGCCUUGCUGGAUACCUCUGUCCAGCAUUCCCCACACUUCGACUGGGUUGUGGCCCACAUUGGCUCCUCUUUUCCUGGCACUAUCAUCUCCCGAGUUCUCUCCUGUGGCCUUAAGGAUUUCUGUGUUCACGGUGGGGCUGGAGGCGGAGCUGGUGGCAGUGGGGCAAGCUCUUCUCAAACCCCCUCUAUAGACCCCUUCCCUGGAUCUCCUGCUAUCCCUGGGGAGAAACGGGUGCCCAAGAUUGCCUCAGUUGUAGGCAUCCUAGGGCACCUGGCCUCCCGCCACGGAGACAGCAUCCGCCGGGAGCUUCUGCGAAUGUUCCAUGAUAGCCUGGCAGGGGGUUCUGGGGGCCGGAGUGGGGACCCGUCCCUUCAGGCCACAGUCCCCUUCCUGCUGCAGCUGGCGGUCAUGUCACCAGCUUUGCUGGGCACAGUCUCUGGAGAGUUGGUGGACUGCCUUAAGCCCCCAGCUGUGCUGAGUCAGCUGCAGCAACACCUGCAGGGAUUCCCCCGAGAGGAGCUGGACAACAUGCUGAAUCUGGCUGUGCACCUGGUGAGCCAGGCCUCGGGGGCAGGUGCCUACCGCCUGUUGCAGUUCCUGGUGGACACAGCUAUGCCUGCCUCAGUCAUUACCACCCAAGGCCUGGCUGUGCCGGACACGGUGCGUGAGGCCUGUGACCGGCUGAUCCAGCUGCUGCUGCUGCAUCUGCAAAAACUGGUUCAUCACCGGGGAGGGUCUCCCGGGGAAGGGGUGCUGGGCCCGCCCCCACCCCCCCGCCCUGUGCCCUUCCUAGAUGCGCUAAGAAACCAUGUUGGAGAGCUGUGUGGAGAGACCUUACGAUUGGAACGGAAGCGCUUCCUUUGGCAACACCAGCUCCUGGGGCUGCUUUCUGUCUAUACUCGGCCUAGCUGUGGACCUGAGGCCUUGGGCCAUCUCCUGAGCCGGGCCCGAAGCCCUGAAGAGUCUGGGACAGGUUUGGUACUCGCUUGUUUAGGGGUCUGCCUGGGAGUUACCCUUGCUGUGGAUAGAAGCAACUUUAAGACCUGUGAAGGGAGUUCCUUCUGCAAGAGGCAACGAAGCAUGCGGCCAGGCCUCUCUCCGUACCGAGCCUUGCUGGACUCUCUACAUCUUGGUCCUGAUGCCCUCACAGUUCAUCUGAUCAACGAGGUCACGAAGGUAGUGCUGCUGCUGGAGCUCCAGGGGCUUCAAAAGAAUAUGACCCGGAUCAGGAUUGAUGAACUGGAGCCCCGGCGGCCCCGAUAUCGGGUGUCAGAUGUAUUGGUGGCCGAUCCCCCCACAUCUCGGCUUUCUGUCUCUGCCCGUGAUGAUAACAGCGUGGAGCUCACUGUGGCUGAGGGACCCUAUAAAAUCAUCUUGACGGCGCGGCCAUUUCGCCUGGACCUGCUAGAGGACCGCAGUCUUCUGCUCAGUGUCAAUGCCCGAGGACUCUUGGAUUUUGAGCACCAGAGGGCCCCCAGGGUCCCGCAAGGAUCAAAAGACCCAGCUGAGGGCGGUGGGGCCCAGCCCGAGGAAGCAACUGGGGAUGGUGACAAGCCAGAGGAGACCCAGGGGAAAGCAGAGAAAGAUGAGCCAGGAGCCUGGGAGGAGACGUUCAAAACUCACUCUGACAGCAAGCCAUAUGGCCCCACGUCUGUGGGUUUGGACUUCUCCCUGCCAGGCAUGGAGCAUGUGUAUGGGAUCCCUGAGCAUGCAGACAACCUGAGGCUAAAGGUCACUGAGGGUGGGGAGCCGUACCGCCUCUACAAUUUGGAUGUAUUCCAGUACGAGCUGUACAACCCCAUGGCCCUGUAUGGGUCUGUGCCUGUGCUUCUGGCACACAGCCCUCAUCGGGACCUGGGCAUCUUCUGGCUCAAUGCCGCAGAGACCUGGGUUGACAUAUCUUCCAACACUGCAGGGAAGACCCUGUUUGGGAAGAUGCUAGACUACCUUCAAGGCUCUGGGGAGACCCCGCAGACAGAUGUCCGCUGGAUGUCGGAGAGUGGCAUCAUUGAUGUCUUCCUGCUGCUUGGGCCCUCUGUCUCUGAUGUAUUCCGGCAGUAUGCCAGUCUCACAGGGACCCAGGCAUUGCCCCCGCUCUUCUCCCUCGGCUACCACCAGAGCCGCUGGAACUACCGGGAUGAGGCUGAUGUGCUGGAAGUCGAUCAGGGCUUCGAUGAUCACAACCUGCCCUGCGAUGUCAUUUGGCUGGACAUCGAGCAUGCCGAUGGCAAGCGGUACUUCACCUGGGACCCCAGCCGUUUCCCCCAACCCCUUACCAUGCUGGAACACUUGGCCUCCAAGAGGCGGAAGCUGGUGACCAUUGUGGACCCCCACAUCAAGGUGGAUUCCGGCUACCGUGUACACGAAGAGUUGCAGAGCCGGGGUCUGUAUGUGAAAACCCGGGAUGGCUCUGACUACGAGGGCUGGUGCUGGCCAGGCGCUGCUGGUUACCCUGACUUUACCAAUCCCACAAUGAGGGCCUGGUGGGCUAACAUGUUCAGCUUUGACAACUAUGAGGGCUCAGCUCCCAACCUCUAUGUCUGGAAUGACAUGAACGAACCGUCUGUGUUCAAUGGUCCAGAGGUUACCAUGCUCAAGGAUGCCCAACAUUAUGGGGGCUGGGAGCACCGAGACGUGCAUAACAUCUAUGGCUUCUACGUGCACAUGGCAACGGCAGACGGGUUGGUGCUGCGCUCUGGGGGCCUAGAGCGCCCUUUUGUCCUGAGCAGGGCUUUCUUUGCUGGCUCCCAGCGCUUUGGAGCUGUGUGGACAGGGGACAACACUGCUGAGUGGGACCAUUUGAAGAUCUCUAUUCCUAUGUGUCUCAGCUUGGGGCUGGUGGGACUUUCCUUCUGUGGAGCGGAUGUGGGCGGCUUCUUCAAAAAUCCAGAGCCAGAGCUGCUUGUGCGCUGGUACCAGAUGGGAGCCUACCAGCCAUUCUUCCGGGCACAUGCACACUUGGACACUGGGCGGCGAGAGCCCUGGCUCUUACCAGCUCAGUACCAUGACAUCAUCCGAGAUGCCUUGGGCCAGCGAUACUCCUUGCUGCCCUUCUGGUACACUCUCUUCUAUCAGGCCCACCGUGAAGGCAUUCCUGUCAUGAGGCCCCUGUGGGUACAUUAUCCUCAGGAUGUGACUACCUUCAGUAUAGACGAUCAGUUCCUGCUCGGGGAUGCAUUAUUGGUUCACCCUGUAUCAGACUCCGGGGCUCAUGGUGUGCAGGUCUAUCUGCCGGGCCAAGGGGAGGUGUGGUAUGACAUUCAGAGCUACCAGAAGCAUUAUGGUCCCCAGACCCUGUACCUGCCUGUAACCCUGAGCAGUAUCCCUGUGUUUCAGCGUGGAGGGACAAUUAUCCCUCGGUGGAUGCGAGUGCGGCGCUCUUCUGACUGUAUGAAGGAUGACCCCAUCACUCUUUUUGUUGCUCUCAGUCCCCAGGGUACGGCCCAAGGAGAGCUCUUUCUAGAUGAUGGGCACACAUUCAACUAUCAGACUCGCCAUGAGUUCCUGUUGCGUCGGUUCUCGUUCUCUGGCAACAGCCUUGUCUCCAGCUCAGCAGACCCCAAAGGCCACUUUGAGACACCAAUCUGGAUUGAGCGGGUGGUGAUAAUAGGGGCCGGAAAGCCAGCAGCUGUGGUCCUCCAGACAAAAGGAUCUCCUGAAAGCCGCCUGUCCUUCCAACAUGACCCUGAGACCUCUGUGUUGAUCCUGCGCAAGCCUGGCGUCAACGUGGCAUCCGACUGGAGCAUUCACCUGCGAUAACACAAGGGAUGUUGGGGGGUGGGAGGGGGUGCAGUGGUGACGAGAGUUCCUCUUCCUUCUGCCUUGGGGUUUGACCCUCCCCAGACUUCACCUUUCUUAUCUGAAGACUCAAAUUCUGCCAACAUCUGGGCAGGAUGAGAAGCUGUCCCUGCACUCUGAAUUCCUCCUGUGACCUCCUGACCUCUGCCACCCGCUGACACCAAGUCUCCCAUCGUCCCUCAACACUCUGUUGCUCUAACUGGAGCACAUUCACCUGUGAAGACCUGGGGACCAUGAGGCCCUUGCUUUCCCUUCUUUUUCCUUUCUUUUGGGGGCCCCGAAUCUCCUCUAGACCUUCUUCAUUCAUACCUCUCGUGUGUUGAUGCCAUGUCUUGGAAGAAGAAGAGGGCAGUGAGCUUUAGGGCUCCUUUUCUCCUUCCCCUUCCCUCCCCACCAAACUGCUCUCCCUCCUUUUAUUUCUUUCUCCCGAUUCUUCUCUGUCAGCCCUCCCCUUUUUAUGCCCCACUGAUACACUGGGACCACCCCUUACCUGAUAAGGGAUGAAUGGAUCAAAGGAGUGAGGUUGCUGGAGAACAUCCUCUUCCCUGUUGCCCCAACCUUUCCUCUCCCCGAUUGCUUCUAGAGCUGCUGCAGUUCUGACAGGGGCAGUUCUAUCUUCCCUGUCCUUUGGGGGAAAGAAGUUUCCACUCUUCCUUAAGAGGGGAUGGGCAUUAAACUUCUUUUGCCCCCUUUUUGUCCCCUCAGGGGGCAUUCAAGUUGGAGAAAUCAGUUGUGGUUUCAUCAAAUCAUGGUCACCUGUAUUUAUUGCUGGGAGAAGGCUGAGGGUGGGGGGAGAUGAUCAUGUGUGCCCAGGGUUAGCUUGAAGCCCUGGGUGGGGGGGGGGGGGAGGACUAACUGGGGACAAGGGGGAAUAUUUGUGGCCAUUUUUUUUACUUCCUCUUGGCCCCCGGCUGCGACAGGUUUUGAUAAAAGGAGAAACAAUAAAGAGAGAAACCAAUAAAUAACUGUUGGUGUCCGGAUUCUGAUUCUGGCCUGAA